AUGGAUUUCUUUUGUAUCUUUUAUGAUGGGAACUGCAGGAAUAUUGAGGGGAUUACGGAAGUGCGGAGCGGUAUGUUAAAAAAAAAUAAAAAAAAAGAAAAAGAGCACAACACUGUCAAUAGCUACAUCGCAACAAAACGAAUAAGUUUUUUUUUGAGUGAGCAUCGGACAAUGCCAAAUGACAUUGUAGAAUAUUAUACAAACAUAUCUGGUUCCGUUACAUUAAUUUGA